UUCAGUGCUCCCAGUAACCUCCAGUGCUCCCAAUAAUCCCCUGUGCCUGCCCAGUGCUCCCUGAGCUCCCAGUGACCCAGAGUGAUGCCAAUGACCUGCAGUGAUCCCAGUAAUCCCCAGUGAUCCCAUCAAUCCCCCGUCACCCCAGUAACUCCCAGAAUUCCCAGUCCCUCCCCCUUCCUGCUUCCUAUUGGUUUAUCCAGCCGUCGAUCCAGGGCCUCGGCCCCGCCUGCCCGCGGAACGCCGAUGCCGAUUGGCCGGUCCAUCCAAGAAGUCCCCGCCUUCCCCGGGCUCUUCGGCCGCUGAUUGGUUCCUCUCCGAGCGCUGUGCGCGCUGAUUGGUCCGUUCCCACUCACGUGCAGGAGGCGUCUUCCCGCCCUUUCUAUCCCCGCUCCCCCUCUCCCAUUGCUGCCGAGAGCUGUCAAUCUUCUCUACUCCCCGCCCUCCAGCUCUUUUAUUGGUUUUCCGCGUUGUCAAUCGUGCGCAGCGGGCGAUGAUUGGCUGUGCGCCAGGGCGGGGGCGGGAGGAGGAGGCCGUGCGGCGUUUGAGUGGGACGGGGCAGCCAUGUCGGUGCCGCUGCCGGUGGCGGUCGGGAACGGCCCCGGGGCGACGGGAGCGGAGCCGCCGGAGCCCCUGGAGCUGCUGGAGCUCUGCGGCGCCUGCCGGGAGCGGCUCAGCCCCCAGCGGGAACCGCGGUUGCUGCCUUGCCUGCACUCCGUGUGCCGGGGCUGCCUCGGGGCCGCGCCGGGAGCCGCCGGCAGCGACGGGCAGGUGUUUGGCUGCCCCGUGUGCCACCAGCAGUGUCCCCUCGGUGACAUCAUGGAGAACUUCUUCCUGCAGGACAGCGGGGCUGGGCCAGCCCUCGGCCAUGGCAGCAGGCAGAGCUGCACCAGCUGUGAGGACAACGCAGCGGCCACCAGCUUCUGCCUGGAGUGCGCGGAGCCGCUGUGUGAGACCUGCGUGGAGGCCCAUCAGAGGGUCAGGUACACCCGGGACCACACCGUGCGGGCCUUGGGUGAGUCCCUGGCACCUCCUGGCCCCUGCCUGUCCCUGUUCCCAUCACUGUGUGACACCUACGUGCAGGCCCGUCAGAGGGUCAGGUACACCCGGCACCUCUCUGUCACUGUCCAUGGCCCCAGUCCCAUCCUUCUCACCCUCUGCGGCUGCUCAGUCUGUGCCACCUCCUGUCCCUGUCCUUGUGUUUGUCCUUGUGACUCCAGUCCCUGUCACUGUCCCUGUCCCGCCCUUAACAAGGCGCUGACUCCAUCAGCGGAUCCAUCCUGGUGUCAUUCCAGGUGCCAGUCCCAGUGCCAUUCCCAGUACCACCCCAGUGCCAUUCCUGUGUUCUCUCAGUGCCAUCCUGGUGCCAUUCCCAGUCCUAUCCCAGUUCUGUUCCAAUGCCAUUUCUGGUGCCUUCCCACCACCAUUCCCAGUGCCGUUCAUGGUCCCAUCCCAGUUCCAUUCCCCGUGCCAUCCCAGCACCAUUCCCAGCCCUGUCCCAGUUCCAUCCCAGUACCAUUCCUGGUGGCAUUCAGGGCCCUCUCCUGGUUCCAUCUCGGUGCUGUUCUGAUUCUAUCCCAACACCAUCCCCAGUGCCAUCCCCAGUGCCAUUCCAGCCCCAUUCCCACCCCAUUCCCAGCGCCAUCCCAGGGCUGUUCUUGGUGCCAUUCCCAGCCCCAUUCCCACCCCAUUCCCAGCACCAUCCCAGGGCUGUUCUUGGUGCCAUCCCCAGUGCCAUUCCAGCACCAUUCCCAGCCCCAUUCCCAGUGCCAUCCCAGCCCCAUUCCCAGUGCCAUUCCUGGUCCUAUCUCAGUCCCAUUCCUACCC